CCAGCUAAUAUAUAUAAAAAAAAAAUAUUGCCCAAAUGACUCUGUAGCAAAUUUAUUUUUCUUUCUUAUUACCAUUUCUCGCUGUUGACGUGAAGGCUCUCCUUUCCUUACAGAAACCCCUUCUCAGCUUGGUGUCGUAUCAAGCAAGCCGUACUCUCCUUACCCAAAAAAAACCCUGUCCACCCUAGCUUUCACUGUGAACGCGGGCUCAUACUAUUUCUCUCCUCACUAUUUUCAGCAAUCUUAUCCAAGAUGAGAGCAGAGAUCUCCCAAUCCCUUUCAAAGGCUGUCAAGUACAUCUUUAUCAUCUAUGUCACUACAUCUCUUAUAUACACCGCGCGCCAUCUGUACACGACCUACUCACCCUCCUCCAAUGACAAUACUGUGCACGUUGCAUCUCUGCAAAGAGAUGCCACUCCCAUUUCCGAACAUCCCAUAGAAGCGAAGAAGGACACACGGCUGGAAAAGCAAAUUGUUUGGGUCAAUGAACAAGGCGUCGAUCAAAAUAUGUCCGAGAACUUCAUGCUGUCCAAGGUCUUCUCAGACGCUAUGGGACCUUCUAAAGUGAUACCCUAUUAUUUCAAGGCAAAGACUCCGUUGGAUUCCGAAGAUAUCACUAUCGCAACUCUGGUCACACGAGAUCGCUUUCCUGUUCUUUCCAGACUUGUUACGCACUAUCAAGGUCCUAUAUCAGUAGCCAUUCAUAUUCAGGACGAUGAAUCGCAUGAAGAAAUUUUGGCAGAGCUUCAUGAAUUAUACCGAACGAACUCUCUGAUGAAGGAAUACGUGGAUUUGCAUUUGAUUGUGGACAAGUUUGACAGACAGUUCAACAUGUGGAGAAACGUGGCAAAAUUCUUUGCUAGAACCGACUACAUUGUUAUGUUAGAUGUUGAUUUUCAUAUUUGUACCGACUUCCGACAAUCUAUCCGUGAAAACCCCGCCAUUAUGGAGAAGCUUCGGUCUGGUAACACUGCAUUGGUUAUUCCUGCGUUUGAAUUCGUGGAACAGCCCGAUGGCUUGGACUGGAAGACUUUCCCCACUUCCAAGCAUGAUUUGCUUGAAAUUGUUGAAGAAGGCAAGAUCGAUAUGUUCCAUCGAGGAUGGAAGAAAGGCCACGGUUCAACAAACUAUACAAAGUGGUAUGAAUCAGACUCGGUCUAUUUGGUCACCGACUAUAAUUUCUCGUACGAACCCUAUGUCAUCUACAAGAAGGAAGGAUCUCCUUGGUGUGAUGAACGAUUCAUCGGAUAUGGAGCCAACAAGGCCGCUUGCUUAUAUGAAAUAUACCUCAGUGGAAUCGAAUAUGAAGUCCUACCCCACGACUUUUUGAUUCACCAAACCCAUUACUAUCCCGAGAGCGAAAGAGCCAAGGAGCGUAACUAUAACCGCAAAUUGUAUGACAGCUUCAGAGAAGAAGUGUGCCUAAGAUAUGCGCGUAUGUUCAUCACAGCCGGAGAAUGGGACAGCCCUCGAGCGGAUAACCUACGCAACGAAUGCCGCAAGAACAGAGCUUUCCGUGCUGCUAUCAAGGGAUUGGCAUAAAGUGGGGGUCUAGGCGAUCCAUACCAUCGUUUGGCAUCAUCAUCACCAUUCUAAACACAUACACUUUCAAGACGCCAUACCGUCCAUUUGUUAUUUUUGCUUUCUUAUAUUUUUUAUUUUUUUUUUC